CGUUUUUUUGACGUGGUCUACAAACGUGUGAAAAGUGCUAAGGAAGACGUGAUGUCGAAGAACGCAAUUGGUAUCGAUUUGGGUACGACGUACUCAUGCGUCGGCGUUUUCAUGCAUGGCAAAGUGGAAAUUGUCGCCAACGACCAAGGUAACCGUACGACGCCAUCAUACGUUGCAUUUACGGACACCGAGCGUCUGAUUGGUGAUGCGGCGAAAAAUCAGGUGGCCAUGAAUCCACAUAACACCGUGUUCGAUGCAAAACGACUGAUUGGGCGUAAAUUUGACGACCCAGCAGUGCAGUCCGACAUGAAGCAUUGGCCAUUCAAAGUGAUCAAUGCUGGUGGCGGUAAGCCAAAGGUGCAGGUGGAAUACAAGGGCGAGACGAAGACCUUUACGCCGGAGGAAAUCUCCUCGAUGGUACUGAUCAAGAUGAAGGAGACGGCCGAGGCAUACUUGGGGCGCAAAGUGAAGGAUGCAGUGAUCACGGUACCAGCCUACUUCAACGACUCACAACGACAGGCUACCAAAGAUGCGGGCGCAAUCUCGGGCCUUAAUGUGCUGCGUAUCAUAAACGAACCUACUGCAGCUGCCAUUGCGUAUGGAUUGGACAAAAAGGGACAUGGUGAACGCAAUGUGCUGAUCUUCGAUCUCGGAGGUGGCACUUUUGAUGUGUCAAUACUGACCAUCGAAGAUGGUAUUUUCGAAGUCAAAUCCACUGCAGGCGACACACAUCUGGGAGGUGAGGACUUCGAUAAUCGCAUGGUCAAUCACUUUGUUGCUGAAUUCAAGCGAAAGCAUAAAAAAGAUUUGGCAUCGAAUCCGCGUGCUCUUCGCCGUCUCCGAACUGCAUGUGAACGUGCCAAGCGAACACUCUCCAGCUCCACGCAAGCGAGCAUUGAAAUCGACUCAUUGUUCGAGGGAAUCGAUUUCUACACCAAUAUCACACGCGCUCGUUUCGAGGAACUCAACGCCGAUCUCUUCCGCUCGACAAUGGAUCCGGUGGAAAAGGCACUGCGAGACGCGAAAAUGGACAAAGCCCAAGUGCACGAUAUCGUGCUGGUUGGCGGCUCGACACGUAUCCCGAAAGUGCAGAAGCUUCUUUCGGAUUUCUUCUCUGGCAAGGAACUAAACAAAAGCAUCAACCCGGAUGAGGCUGUGGCAUAUGGUGCAGCUGUGCAAGCGGCUAUUCUGUCGGGUGACAAAUCGGAAGCUGUACAGGACUUGUUGUUGCUUGACGUGGCGCCACUUUCGCUCGGCAUUGAAACAGCUGGUGGUGUUAUGACUGCGCUGAUCAAGCGGAACACAACAAUCCCGACGAAGACAUCGCAGACGUUCACCACUUACUCGGACAACCAACCGGGUGUUCUCAUUCAGGUUUAUGAAGGUGAACGUGCGAUGACAAAGGACAAUAAUUUGCUUGGCAAAUUUGAGCUCUCGGGGAUUCCACCAGCGCCUCGUGGAGUGCCACAGAUCGAAGUCACUUUUGAUAUCGACGCAAACGGUAUCCUGAAUGUCUCAGCACAGGACAAAUCAACUGGCAAGCAAAACAAGAUUACUAUUACCAACGAUAAGGGACGCUUGUCAAAGGAUGAAAUCGAGCGAAUGGUGCAGGAGGCCGAGAAAUACAAGGCGGACGAUGAUGCGCAGAAAGAACGUAUCGCAUCGAAAAAUGCUCUGGAGUCAUAUGCCUUCAAUAUGAAGCAAACGGUUGAGGAUGAGAAGUUGAAGGAUAAGAUAUCGGAAGAUGACAGGAAAAAGAUCCUGGACAAGUGCGAUGAGACGUUAAGGUGGCUGGAUGGGAACCAGACGGCCGAGAAGGACGAGUUCGAGCAUCAUCAGAAGGAGCUGGAAUCCGUCUGCAACCCGAUUAUUACGAAGCUUUACCAGAGCGCUGGUGGCAUGCCUGGAGGUAUGCCUGGUGGUAUGCCGGGAGCAGGUGGUCAUCCAGGAGGUGGUGCUUCUGGAGGUGGACCAACGAUUGAAGAAGUGGAUUAG